AAAUAACCUCAAAAAUAAACGAUAGUGUCUCCAGUUCAGUACCUUUUUGUUUACUCAGAUAUCUAUGUUUACUAAAUUAUCUUUAAAACCCUGGAAAACAAUGUUUUCCUAAAUAAUGUCUUCAUUUUCCACCUUUCCCAAUCACGGAUACGACAUAAAAUUCUCCCCAUUUCAGGCCGAUAUCCUAACUGUUGCGACUAGUGAAAAUUUCGGAUUUUCCGGUGCUGGAGCCCUAUUGGUCCUAAAAGUGGACCCAGCCGGUGGCAGUCAACUUUUAACAGAGAAAAAGUGGCGUAGCAACUUAUUUUGCGCCACCUGGUGCACUUCGGAUCGAAUCUUAACCGGUUCCGUCGACGGUUCGGUGCAAAUUUGGUCCUUAAAUGAUCCCGAAUGUUCGGAAAGUUUUAUUGCUCACCAAGGGGAAAUAUCGAGUGUAGAGUGUGUGAGAAACGCAGUCUUAACCGCUAGCUGGGACCAAACUCUAAAACUUUAUGACUUGACCACAAAAACUUGUGUAAAUCAGUUCCGAGGACAUCAAGAUAUCAUUUAUAGAGCCAAAUUGUGCGAUAAUGGUAUCAUCUCGGUUUCAGCUGAUAAAACAUUGAAACUAUGGAGCUCUAGGGCUCCACACUGUCUUGCUUCAAUACAAGUGCAUGAUUCCGAAGUGCUGUGUUGCGACUGGAACCAGAAUGAUCCCAAUUUAAUAGCAACUAGUGGCAGCGAUAGUCUGAUACGAGUGUGGGACCUAAGACACCUUAGGCAACCAGCGUUUCAACUCAAAGGGGGUAAUCAGGCAGUAAAAAAUGUGAAGUUUUCUCCCCAUUUUUUGUAUAUCUUGGGGUCGAGCUCCUUUGAUGGCAGCACCAGCGUUUGGGACAUCAGACGUGGGGCUCCUUUAGAAGUGUUCCGGAAACAUUCAGGGUUUGUUUAUGGGUUGGACUGGAGUGAAUUCGAGUUAGGGUUGUUAUGUGAUUGUGCAUGGGAUUCUUUUGUGCAAGUCUUUUGGUCUAAUGCAGUUAAAACGCUUAGAAAUAAAAUUUAAAGGCGGCCAAAUAAAAUGUAAAUUAUUUUUUUUCAACUCUAUAAAUUUUAUAUCAAAAUAAAUAUGUACACAAGGAA